AUGAACCCAGCGGGCUCAGACUCCACUCCUGUUACCCAGGAUCCAGUUCGAUCUGCCAUCCAAGCCCAAGGUCACAGAAUCCACAAACAGGAGGAACUACUUGGACAACUACGUGGCGACUUACAGAGGAUGGCGGACCAACAGAAGUCCAUGAUAGCUGCCUUCACAAGCCAACUUAACAUGUUGGCAGAACGGUUAAGUCCCAGCCAAGCCAACCCAGACUCAGCCUCAGUAAGCGCAGCUUCAUCCGCUCCACCGGUACCACCUCCCAGGGAGCAGCUAACUCUGAAACCCCUGCCCCCGUAUCCUAGAGAGGACGAGCCGAUGCAGCACUCGUUUGACACCCGAAGAACGAGAGAAGCGUAUGAGGCCACAUGCUCGGCAAAAGCUCGGGCUCGCCAGUGA